AUGGCUAGAGAUUAUAAUGGGAACCCCCAAGCCCAACCUCCAACAGGUUUUACAUACGAUCAAUACCCAGGAGCUUUAGGAUCACAUCCUCAAUCUCUGGCAAGUUCUCCUGCUACCCCUCAAAUGACAGAUGGGAAUGGAGAUGUGGCCAUGCAAGACUCUGGAGAUCAAUACAACAUGAAGUAUCCCAUGCGCCCUCAUCAUCAACAACACCUUUCGGGAAAUCAGAGGUUAUCUCAUCAAUCGCCGCAAGAGCCAUCUGCGGCCGCUCAGCGUUAUUCUCCCAUGGAGACUUUAUCGCCAACCUCACCAUAUGGCGCGGCACAACAGCAAAACUCGAAUCAGUACAUGUCACCACCGGGGGCUGGCAGCAGAAAAUCUCCUUCGAAGAAUGCAUCGUAUUCUUCCCCGAAUUCGUAUUAUACUAAUCGUCAACAAUUACCACCCAUUCAGCCAUAUGCUCCUAAUUCUAACAAUGAAUCAUACCCAACCUCUGCGACCCAACAACUGAAUGCUGUGUUUGGUAAUGACGCAAAGGUUCCUCGACGUCCAGUACCCCAAUCGGCGCAAGGUCCACCUGGAAGAGGACCAGUUCCUGAAUUUACAAAAAUUCGGUCUCUAUCUGACCUGCAGCCAAAGGUUAAUGCGCAACCGGCUUUUCGCAGAGCUAAUCCAGAAGGCGGAUUCAUAAGUCCUCUCCAAGCUCUAACGAGCCAUCUCCCCUCUACAUAUCGGAUAUGCAACCCUAGCUUCAAAUACGAAUCAUCGCGGAAUCCACGUAGAGUGCUCACCAAACCAAGCAAAGGUGUCAAGAAUGACGGCUUCGAUAACGAAGAUAGUGAUUAUAUACUUUAUGUGAAUGAUAUUCUGGGGUCUGAGGAAACUACUCAUAAAAACCGCUAUCUCAUCCUAGAUGUUCUGGGUCAAGGCACCUUUGGCCAAGUUGUCAAAUGUCAGAAUCUGAAAACCCAGGAAGUUGUGGCUGUAAAGGUGGUUAAAAACAGGACCGCGUACUUCAACCAAAGUAUGAUGGAGGUUUCUGUUCUAGACCUGAACCAAUUCAGAGGUUUGAGUACCACACUUGUGCGAGUCUUUGCACAACAACUUCUGAAUGGACUGAGCUUGCUGAAUAAAGCUCGACUCAUUCAUUGCGACUUGAAGCCGGAAAACAUUCUGCUCAAGAACCUUGAGAGCCCUAUCAUCAAAAUUAUUGAUUUUGGAUCAGCCUGCGACGAACGUCAAACAGUCUACACAUACAUCCAGUCGAGAUUUUACAGAUCCCCCGAGGUACUACUCGGCCUACCAUAUUCAUCAGCUAUCGAUAUGUGGUCACUGGGCUGUAUUGUUGUUGAGUUGUUCUUGGGUCUUCCACUAUUCCCAGGAUCUUCGGAGUACAACCAAGUCUCUAGAAUAGUUGAGAUGCUGGGUAACCCACCGAAUUGGAUGCUUGAGAUGGGAAAACAAUCUGGAGAUUUCUUCGAGAAGAGGCAUGAUGUGGAUGAUUAUGGCAGAAGAACAUAUCAUCUCAAAUCCAUGGAGCAAUAUUCCCGCGAACAUGGAACAAAGGAGCAACCAAGUAAAAAGUACUUCCAAGCUACCACUCUUCCAGAAAUCAUCCGCUCAUACGCAAUGCCGCGAAAGAACAUGAAGCCAAACGAAGUCGAGCGAGAAAUGAGCAACCGGGUUGCUUUCAUUGAUUUUGUCCGGGGCUUGCUUAAUAUCAAUCCUCUAGAGCGCUGGUCACCACAACAGGCUAAGUUACAUCCAUUUAUCACUCAGCAGAAGUUCACGGGUCCCUUCGUUCCACCAACGAAUUUGAAGUCGAGUGCCAUCAAUAGAUCUCCGGCCCCAGGAACUACACAACAGCAACAGGCCGAAGCAUUAAGCAAUCAACGAGCACAGGCCGCGCAAGCGCAAGCUCACUCACAGGCUCAGUCCGCAGCUCAUGCGUCAUACAAUUCGAGUGUGCCGGUCAACUCUUAUGGCCAGGUACCACAAAACCAGCAGCACCCACCAAUGUACAACAACAUGUACACACCGAACUCCAACCACCAGGCUCCUCACCAAACCUCACACCAAGCCUCACACCAGGCAGCACCACCUCCAUACCCCACGCAGCAAGGUUAUAACCAAAUGGGAAUGAUGGGCCAACCAUCAGCACAGAUGCCACCGGCGCAAUAUGGAGCUGGCCCGUCACAGCAACAACCAAGUCUCUACCAGCAGGCUACGGUAAGAUCUGGAAGGCAACGUGCUUCGACAAUGGAGGUUCAACAGGGAGGUAUACCCGUGACGAUACAAAGAGUUGCUAGUCAUCUUGAUCCUAGUCAACCUAUUCGUUUACAACCUAGUCCUGCAUACUAUCCACCUCCACCAGAUGGAGUUCCUGAUGGCAAUCCUGGAAGCGCACGAAGAAGAGGAAGCAGAGCUGCUCAAGGUGGGCAAGCACCCACCCGAAAUCGAGACUUCAUUCGAAAUCUGGAAGAUCGAACAUUGGAGGAGGGUUUCAUGGGACAGAGCCAAUAUCACUGA